AUGACUGGGCAUAUUAUCCAUAAAUUAAGAGACCUGAAAGAAAGAUGCAGUGAAGCUGGUGGAGGAAAUGAACAGCAGACAGACGUUAUCAGUGCUUGGGAAGGAGACUCCAUCAGCAUAAUUUGUUCAAGGGGAUAUUUAGAAGAGAUACUGGGAACGUACUUGAGAGCCGGCAAGGAGCAGCUCGCUGUGUUAUAUGUUCCCAGAGAGGGUACUCCACGCACAUUUGCUCCUUUGACCGAUCGCCUCAAUUACUCAGAGGAAGGAAGGACCCUCAGGAUCACCCUGCAGAAUGCACAGCAAUCAGAUUCCAAUAUCUACCAGUGCUCUACGUAUGUUUUGAGUAAAGGCCACCACAAAGUGCUGUGUGAGAAGAAAACCAUAGUAGUGGUGAAAGCUCAAACCAGGGGAGUUGUCAAACAGUCACCACUCUAUGCCAGUCCUCAGCCAGGCCAGUCAGUCACCAUUACCUGUGCAUUGAAAAGUUCAUACGAAGACUUCUACUUGCUCAAGACCCACGUGCAACGUGAAAGAGUGCUGCAUGUUUCAAGUCAGAAUACUUCAACCACUUCUCUUGCUUUUGCUAAUCGUUUGGAGUACUCAAAGGAAGAGCAGAAAGUAGUGAUAACUCUGCACAACCUCCAGGAAAACGACAGUGAUAUUUAUGUCUGUGCUGGGAUGGUGAAAAAUGUCACUUUCCUUUCAGUGAGUGGAAGUGGCACCAUGAUGCUAAUUAAAGGUGAGAAGCAGGUAGACUGCAGCAAUAGUUCCUGGGUCAUCUAUGGUCUUACCAUCACGAUAGCAUUACUGUUGACUGCAAUGAUGUGCUGCAUCUUGGGCCGUGUCGAUAUGAAGCGAUGCUUCCAGAAAAGAAACCCACAUACGAUAUUAAAUACAGUAUAUGAAGACAUGUCUUAUGCUUCUAGACGGAACACCUUGAACAGAACCAACACCUGCUCCCUUAGCAAUUAAGCUUCUGCCAGCUGGGACUGUACCUGGAUCAACCAUUCCUUUACAAGUCUUUCUGAGGGCUGCCUUGGCAACCUGAUGCAGUUACUGAACUGAAAAUUCUAUCUCUUCCUUUCUUUGGUGGAAAGAGAAACCUGCCUCAUUUCCAAAACUUUUAUUGCCCUCAUAAUUUGUUAUUUUUUAACUUUUUUUUCUUCAAUGUAUAGAACAUGUAGAGAAAUGCAGGUACCCUGCACAUAUGUUUGUGGUUUACUAUGGAAAACAAGAUCUUUGGACUAUACAUUUAUCUAGAUGCCCCAUAUCAGCUCAUUUCUUUGAGAGAUAAAUAGCUUUUUCAGAGGUGAGAUAGACUGAGAGGUCUGGUUAUGAGUGUUGGUGAGUGCUCAGGAAGACCUUAACAGGCCUGUUAGAUACUAUGGCAAUGGAUCCACAUGUUCAUGGAUCACAGCUCUCUUAUGAAUCCUCGUGGCUCUGCCCAAGAGCUCAUGUAGCUAAAGCCAACUUAAAAAUGACAGCAAAUAAAUCUGUUGGGAAGAGACUUCAGGAACAUUGUGGCAGAGUGCAUGAUACAUGAAGUGUUGGAUAUGUGUGGACUUACCUGUUCAAAGUCCUAUGAAAAUGCAGUCCAGCCUAGGUUUUAAACUGCUGCCUUUGUCAGGGUGACGUGGAUGGUGUGGGUCUUGGCAUGGCUGACAUAACUAGACCUGGAGUGUGAUGACUUUUGGAGACAGCAGAAAUAUUUAGGACAUGCUGAUGCUGUCUCAGACUCCAGAUGCAUUCUCCACAGCAGAAUGCAUUUCUCCAGGUCAGUGACUCUGUACUGCAGAGUACAAGGUGAACUUAUCCUGGCAUAAAGCCAGUGCCCAUGUUCCAAUCUGGGCAUGAGUGAGUCUGAUCCCAAAUCACUCUUAGCAAAGUAAUUUAUCACCACCGUACAUGCAUCAAGUAGAAACCAAAUUUCGUUCAGUAAUGAUUUAGAACAGAUUGUCUCAGUGAGCUUAACUCUCUUGCUGAGGAAGGGCUACAGCUUCUUCCAGGUUUGUCUUGCUUUUGCAAACUUGGGUCUGAUGUGGAAAGUGAACAAUCUUGCAAGAGCUAUCAAAUUGUCCUACUACCACACAGGAUAAUGGGGCAUAAUGGGGUUGGAGGUUUCUGUGGGGUGAGACUAUGAUUUUGUAUUGAUGUAUUUGGGGGUUUAAGAGAUUAGGGAUAGUUUGCUGUUGAUGACAGUGUCUAGCUGGAGCGGAGUCAGGCACAGUAGAUCCUCCCUCUCUGGAGCUGAGCUCUGUGGAGGUCUCAGCUUCUUGAGCCAAGCCUGCCACUGGGGAAAGCCCAUGCCCCUCCACAUGGCACUUGUGAAAUGGUGUGCAUCAGACCAGGGGGAGAAUUCUGCUCACUCUGGUGGGUGGGGGAGGGAUGGGUUUAUUUUGUAAGCAGAGAUGUGCAGAGCUGUAGAUGAAUAAAAUGAUGUUUGUGACUGGGGCUUUGCACAGCUGUUCAAUACUUUUAUACGUGUAUUAAAGACCAUUUUG